AUGUCGGUAGUCAGGUCAGAGUUCGACCCAAAGGACAUGGUGUUCCGUCACCUUGGCCCCACCGGAUUGAAGGUCUCGGUGUUCUCACUAGGCGGCUGGCUCACUUACGGCGGUACUCAGAAGGGAAACAUCGUCAAGGAGAUUCUGCAGACCGCGUGGGAUCAUGGGGUGAACUUCUUCGAUACCGCCGAGACCUACGCCAACGGUAACAGUGAGAUCGAAAUGGGCAACGCCUUGAAGGAGCUCAACUGGCCGCGCGAUGAAUACGUCCUCUCCACCAAAAUAUUCUUUGGGACUGGUCGCAAGGAACCCAACACACGUGGCCUGUCGCGAAAGCACGUUGUUGAAGGUCUGAAAAGCUCUCUUGAGCGCUUACAACAGCCUUACGUCGACAUCGUCCUCGCUCACCGACCAGAUCACGCAACGCCAAUGAAGGAAAUCGUCGAGGGCUUCACUCAAGUCAUCCGCAACCUCAACCUGGCUUACUACUGGGGGACCUCUGAGUGGUCGGCAACGCAAAUCACCGAGGCCACCCUCAUUGCCGAGAAGUACAACUUGAUCGCCCCAAUCGCCGAACAGCCCCAGUACAACGCUUUCCACCGUGAGCGGUUCGAGGUCGAAUAUGCUCCCCUGUACAAACAGUACCAGUACGGUACGACAAUCUGGUCUCCGUUGGCCUCGGGUCUAUUGACAGGCAAAUACAAUGACGGCAUUCCCGAGGGCUCGCGUUUCGCCAACCACAAGGACUUCUUUGGUGGCACCGUUGACUCGCUGCAACAACCCGAAGGCAAAGCCAAGAUCGAGAAGGUCAGAAAGUUGACCAAGAUCGCCGAACGAUUGGGCGGAAACACUGGACAAUUGGCUCUUGCCUGGGCCGCGAGCAAUCCUAACGUCAGCACCGUCAUCCUUGGUGCGACCAAGGUGGAACAGCUCGUCGACAAUCUUGGCGCUAUCAAGUUACUGCCUAAGCUGGAUGCGAAAGUGCUCGAGGAGAUCGAGGAGAUCCUCGGCAACAAACCUGCAGCUCCGGCCACGUUUGGACGGUCGAGGUAG